GCCUGGCUUGCUUAUUCUAAGGCUGAUCUCUCUGAUUACAGUGACUUUACUCUUGUCAAGGAACCAAUAUUACACCACCUAUGUAGACGAAAUAAUUGGGAGGAUAUGGAACUUCUUCUUACUCAAGACAUUUCCCUGGAGAUGAUCAAUCAAUGUCUACAUCUAGCUUGCAAACUCGGAAAUGUAAGCAUCAUUAGGUCCCUGUUGCAACAUAACGCUGAUCCAGGUUCGAGAAAUGACCAUAACAACACUGUACUACAUGUGGCUGUUGCGUCUAAUUCAGGAGAGGCUGUUAACGCCCUGAUUAAAGGGCAUGCUGUCAUAAAAUACAUCAAUGGCCAAAACAACAGUGGAGAUACUGUCCUACACAUAGCGUGUAGACAUACAAAUACAGACAUCAUGGAAACGCUAUUACAGGCUGGCGCUGAUGCUAACAUCAGAAACUAUUCUGAUGAAGCUGCCAUACAUCUGACUUGCAAACAGAAAGAUUCAAACCCUGUGGAAAUCCUUUUAGAUAAAGGAUGUGAUGCAAAUUCUCUUUCAAAGGGAUUAUCUCCUCUUCAUAUUGCAUGUGAGUAUUCCAAUCUGGCCGUGGUUCGGGUGUUGGUGAAACACAAAGCUAACGUUAAUGCAGAGGCAAAUUUGACAACGCCACUACAUGUAGCUGAGAGGCAAAAGAAAGGAGAUAUUGUUUGCUAUCUCAUUGAAAACGGUGCCAACAAGUUUGCCAAAGAUGUUGACCAACAUACUCCUCUUGCAUACAGAUACUAUGUCAAUGGCCAUGUACACAUCACUCCCCAUGUCGAGAUGCUGUUGAACAAGAGAUCAGAUGUGAACUGUGCUUUGCCUGAUGACAACACAGCAUUAAUACAUGAAGUGAAGGAAAAUCACUUAGAUGUAGUCAAGGAGCUGAUUAGGAGAGGUGCCAUCAUUGACAAGCAUGACAAAGAGGGACGUUCUCCACUCCUAAUAGCCUGUUAUUUUGGGUUUGCUGAUAUUGUGAAGUAUCUUGUUGACAGGGGAGCAUCCAUUGACAGUCCUGACGUGGAAGGUCGGACGCCACUUUACAUUGCUUGCGACUAUGGCCAUGCUGAUAUUGCCAAGUUUCUGAUUUCAAAGGGAGCCAAUCCAAAUUUAGCAAGUGAACAUGAAAAGAAAAAGACCCCAAGCGACAUCAUCAAGAGAAGCGGAAAUGUUGAAAUAAAACGAUUGUACAAAGUGAUCAAGCUUCCGAAGGUUCAAGAUUAAAUGUGCCUGUGAUCAAAUAUAUUCUCUGUAUUAUACUCCUCUUCUUGACCAUUAUGACCAUGGAAAUGUAGACACGCCAAGUAUUGUGUAGACUGACAAAACGAUCCCAUCAUUGACUUGAUAAUGUAUAUACUUGGUCAUUUCCACAAUGCAGAUAGAUAUGGUACUGAGGGUGAGCUUAAAAUCAAUGCCACAGAGGUACAUGUUGAAACCCCGUUGGUACAGAACCUAUCGGGAACCAUGAGUAACCUGACAACCAGUGGUUGGCAUUCUAAAUGGACACCUAGGCCACUGAAGUCUGACACAUCGAGAACAAAGUCUCUAGCUCCCGCACUGGUCAAACAAGGGGAACUAUGAACAAAUGUUGCUUUAGCAUCUCUCAAAGGGUGCAAUGAACGUCCUUCUUGUAUUUUGCAAAUCUUGGAUUCGAUCCAUGACCAACGGUCCAUGUCAUGGAUGAAGGAUGCAACUAUGCACAGCAAAUUAUUGAUACUUACACAAUAUGGCCAUGAGUGUCCCCAGAGUGAUCAUGUUGUCAUCAAUUUAGAUGUACAUACAUAAAAACUGUUUCUGUGAAGAUACAUUAUGCAUUGGUUUAAAUUGGCUUAAAGAUGGACACCAUGGUCUUAUUACUUUUAAAAUUAAAAUGAAUACAAAUCCAAAAUUCAGUGUACCAAUAUGUUGCCCAAAUACCUUAUUACUUGAAGUCAUCUUUAAACUUUACAGUAGUUCAAUAAGGUGAGCAAUCUUUUUACUUUUAUUUACCCUUGUCAAUCCGAAUAAAUAAAUAUAUAUGAUCACAUACUUUUACGUUUGAGUACAUUUCUACAACGUCUCACCUGACAGGUUCCCCUUGCUGCACAGCACCCCUGAGUUACGCAUUUGUAGACUGUUGAAUAGGAAGAAUAUACACGUUUUCGUGUAUAAAGGACAAGUUAGGAUAAGGACAAUUUUUGUCUCACUUGAGAUGUCAAAAGUUACAGAUAACUGGGAUGAGAAUGAGUGCCUUCUUUAUUUCUUACACAUGCAUUUUUUGGAUGACUAACAAGAUCAAAUUUAUACAUAUGGCUAUAAUGAGUGAAAAGGGCUGACUUUUCGAACUCAGGCGAAAAGCUAAAUAUGAACAAGCCUAAUGGAGGUUUUACCAUAUGUUUAUACUGAUUUUAUCCACAUUUCCGAAGAAAAUCAGCUUGGUUGAAAGACUUGAUCAAGCUCAAAUACAAGAAGACACUUCUCGAAAACAGAAUAAAAGAUCAGUCUUUUGAGUUGUUAUAAGUCCAAAACUUGCAGGUGCUGAAAGGAACAAAGUCUUAUUAUAAAUCAUAUGAACAUUUGUCAUAACUGAAAUAAUGCUGUCUAAAAGUUUGGCUCAUUUCUUAUCCGUGGGGCCUUGUCAUGCCUUUUCCAUUCACUUUGACUGUAAUCUUUCUGCACAAUAUUAUAAAGAUCAUGGUAUUA